AUGUUCGAGCGGAGUACGUCGCAGAUAACAGAAGUGUGUUCCAACAAAAAUAACGUGGCAAAACAAUAUUUGAACAACAUAUGCAAAUGUCCGUCGGAAAACAGCAUUCCAUACGGGUCAAAAAAAAUCACGUCGUUCAAACCCGUGGGGUCGGACGAGAACGGACUUUCGCACGUUGUCAAGUCCGCGUUUAAACCGGCUGAGGCGACCCAGAACCCGAUUGUGCCCGGACCUCUACCGCUCCAAAGCGGAANGGCAAAACAAUAUUUGAACAACAUAUGCAAAUGUCCGUCGGAAAACAGCAUUCCGUACAGGUUUAAAAAGAUCACGUCGUUCAAACCCGUGGGGUCGGACGAGAACGAAUUUUUGCACGUUGUCAAGUCCGUGUUUAAACCGGUGGAGGCGGCCCAAAACCCAAUUGUGCUCGGACCUCUGCCGCUCCAAAGCGGAAUUCUGGAUUUCUGGCAUCAAACGACGAUGGGCCAACGUAAAGCGGCCUCCCGGUCGACUGCUGCCGGUGCGCCGACGGCGGUCGGCGAGAUGCAGCGGCCUCUCGUCAGUUCCGUAACCCCGUACGAGGGUUACUUGGCUGAAGAAGAAAUCACACACGAACAAGAUAUCGUCCGGAAACAUUUGCGGACAAACGAGUUACCCGUAAAACGGGCUUUGCCAAAAUUGGUCAAACUAAACGAUGACAUAAACAAAGUGGACGAAACAUUCGAAAUUCUUUUUAAAGAGUCCUCCAAAUAA